UCUUGUCCAACAACUCCAACCGUCAAACUUUAUUUCGUUUGGUUGAUGUUGAAUCAGCUUGUGCAUUAAAUAAGUAUUUCUUUGAUUUGAAUUUGUGUAUAAAAGUGUUUUAACGUGGACAUAAUGAAUGCAUUCGAGGCUAUAGUAAAUGACCUUAAUCAAGAAACCUUGAGUUUCGUGGAAGAGGGGCUGAAACCGAUUAUAGAGUUCAAUGAGAUUUUUCGAGAUUUGUGUAAGGAAGUUAAAGAAGUUGUCAAGGAGUACAAAACAACAGGAAAGAUGCCGGAAUAUAAUCAUUUAAUUGAUUUCGAUAAAUUUAAAGAGUUUAGGGAGUCACAUCUUACAAAUGAGGAAGCUUCGGGUUCAUCGAAAGAAAACGUCGAGCCCGAUACCGACACUGAAACAAAGAAAAACGCACGUGGACGUCCCCGACGAAAUGCUUUUAAAGAAGCCAGUCAAAGCAUCAGCAAUCUAAAUGAGAAACUUCGCCGAGUCUCUAUCAAAAAGGAGAAAAUGUCAAUAGCCAAUUCAUCUAAAUCACUCGCCGAUGAAGUUCGAAUUAAGACUGAAAAUGAAGAAAUGCCAGCUCCAACUCGACCAGCUCCUAAAAGACGAAGAAAAAAUGCAACAAGUAAAAUAAUUAAACAAGAGAAAAUUGAAGAAGAAUUGGAGAAACCACGUGAAUCAGAUGUAAUCAUUAAAGAAGUUGAGGUACCUAUAAUUAAUCUUGUGGAUUCGUUGGGGGAGGAAACUACUAAAACAGAAUUGGAGAAAUCUAAACGAACAAGAACUUCUUCCGAUGAGGGACAAGAAAAUAAAGAAAAAAGACCAAAAUCCAACGAAGAUGAAAAGGAUAAUACGAAUUACGAAGACGCGGUUUCAACACUUUUGGUGGAAAAUACAGAGACAAAUAACGCGACUUUUAUCGCCGCUUCUACACAUGAUGUCUGUGUUGAUAAUUUCAACUCAACGGUGGUUGUAACAAAUCCCAAAAUUGUCAAUACUUUGGUUCCAAAAACAAUAGACGAUUUGAUGACCGAUGACGAAUCGGAAGAAGAAACCACCAAGAAAAAUCAAUGGACGAAGACAGGGACGAUUCCCAAACGUCCUAAGCAAAUAUUCAGUCCUUUUGAGCAAAGUCCUGUGAAAAAAAAAGUCCAGGCUUUUGAAAAACUUCAAGAGGAUGCCGAUGCAAUACCCGUUAGAAUCACCAGAACCAAGACUCGAAAUCAAGCAAAAGAGAAAGAAUUGGAAGAAGCACAAGAACAAAAUCAAACGGAAUUGAAGAGUAAUGUUAAAGAAAAAGCGAAAAUGUUUACUCCACUCACUUCUAAAUUUAUACCAAAAGCGGCCAGUACGACCGGAAAAUCCAAAAAAAUACUAAAUUCCAGUUCAUGCGAUAACCUUUUGGCCAAAAAUUCAACCACUUUAAAAUCAUCUCAAGCCGAAUACAGAGAAAUAGAAAUACGCCGUCGUGAAAAGGAACAAGAAGCACUUAAAAAACGAGAAGCGAUACUUCAAGCCCAAACUGAAGAAAAGAGACGGAAAAGAGAAGAAAAACAACUCAAAGCGCAACAACAACGUGAAGCUCUUGAAAAAGAGAAACAGAAAGUCUUAGAAGCACAACGGGUGAAAGACGAACGGCACCGACUUCAUAUCGCCGAGCAAGAAGAAAAGAAACUAAGACUUAAAGAAGAACAUGAGAAGAAGAGAUUGUUAGCGAAGAAACGAGCGAUAGAACAAAAGAAACUCGAGGAAGAAAAGAUGGUAGAAGAGGAAAGAAAAGCUGCAGAGUUGGCUGCGAAAUUGGCAAAACGAGAUGAUGUUAUCGCAAAGAUGGUUCAGAACCAGAAAGAGAGAAAACCGAUUUAUUUCAGAGAGACAGCACCACCUUUGCCGUCAAACGACUGUUACGAUUCAGACAGCGAAGAAUGCAAAACUCGUGAUAUUUUGCUACAAAAUUGGGAAAAAGAAGCCAAUGUAAUUCAAAUGCUAAAAUGUAUCUCAGCUGAGGGACAAGCUAUAAAGAAUACAUUUUUCUCAAUUCAAGCGCGAACACCGGAUUUGCAAGAUAUUUUGGAAAAUAUCGAACCAAAAAAACUGAAAAGGACAUCGAGUGCUGUUUGGCAUAAGCCCCCAAGAUUUACUAUGAUUCCAGGCUUGGAAAGUCAUGAUGAAACUGAAGAAUUUAGUGAUGAUUAAUUUUAUAUUAUCAUUUACAUGUAAUCUAGUUUUCAAUCAUUUUUAAUACAAAUUGUUUAGUAUUGUG